AUGAGUGGGCAUUGCGACUGGAGCUCAGAGGUCCAUGGGGAAAAGAUUACAGGGGAUCAUUUGUUGGCACUCGAUAAUAAUGAAAUCUUGACAAGAUCGUUCUUCCUUCUCUCUGAACUACCAGGAGCCAAAGAAGUUUCUCACCCUCCAGAUCUGCACUUUUAUCAGGAAUUCCACGGUGAAACAGAUCAUGCUACUGCGCUUAAACAGCUUCAUUUCAUCAUGAAGUCCACUUUUGUGAAUAUUCAGCUCUUUAUCGAUCUGCUGGCAGAGAAGGACCUGAUUUCUUUGCCGAACGAGAUAGAUCUAAGAGGCAAGACCACGUAUGAAGAAACAAUUAAUGGAGCUUUCCAUCUGCUACGUCAAGAGCAUCCAGAGCGAACAUAUCAUCUCGUCUUGGAUAUUUUGAAAUUAAUGAGAAGGGAUGAUAUAAUUAAUAAUCUUCAGAAGAAACUGCAGGGAACAUCAGAGCAAUAUGUGGAAGGAGAUCAAGGAUCAUCACCACUUCAGCAGUGCAUGAAUGAUCCAAGGGAUGUCCUACGGAACGUCCUACUUCUCAUCAGACAAAUCAUAUUAAGCAGAAUCAUUAUAGUCAAUUUUGCCAUGGUUCUUUUCAUCUUCAAACGCCAAAUGCGCCUGAGAGCAGGCCAGCAUCACUUCUGA